AUGUUUUCAGGUGGAACCCUACUUAGAAGUCCAAAUCAAACUGUGGUCACAGAAUUCAUCCUCCUGGGAUUUGGUAACCUUCAUGUUCUAAGGAUCCCCAUUUUUAUGAUAUUUCUUACAAUCUAUAUCAUUACAAUAGUGGGAAAUCUCAUGAUCAUCAUAACGGUGAGGAUCGAUCACAGCCUUCAUAAUCCCAUGUACUUCUUCCUAGGAAACCUCUCCUUCCUGGAAUUAUGGUAUACCACUAGUGUGGUCCCAAAGAUGCUGAAAACCUUUCUGAAUGGUCAUGAGACUAUUUCAUUCUCAGCAUGCCUUCUCCAAUUUUAUGUCUUUGGCUCUCUAGCAGUCGCUGAAUGUUUCCUCCUAGCAGCUAUGUCUUAUGAUCGCUACAUAGCCAUAUGCUGCCCACUGCAUUACAGCAGAAGGAUGAACUUCAAGAUGUGCCUGUUAUUUGUGGUAGGGUCAUGGGUUUCUGGGUUUCUCUCCUUGGUAGUCACCAUGCCAAUGGUUUCCAUGUUGGCCUUCUGUGAGUCUAAUGAGAUUGAUCAUUUCUUCUGCGAUUUGGCUCCUAUUGUUAAACUUGCCUGUGGAGACACACAAAAAGUUAGGAUCCCUGCUUUCAUUAUUGCUUCCUUGGUGUCCUUUUCUCCAUUCCUUCUAACUGUUCUGUCCUAUUAUAAAAUUAUUUCCACGAUUCUGAAGAUCCCAUCAGCCAAAGGAAAACAGAAAGCUUUUGCCACCUGCUCCUCACAUCUGACUGUGGUUACGGUAUUUUAUGGAACACUAAUGGUGGUAUAUGCUGGACCUACAACGACUCAUUGGCCAAACCUAAGGAAAGUUUUUUCUGUGCUUUAUAUAGUAGGGACACCAAUGCUCAAUCCUAUUAUAUAUAGCCUGAGGAACAAAGAAGUCCAAAAUGCAUUGAGAAAACUGUUUAACAGAAAUGCUGCAUUGAUGCACAGUUAG